AUGGUGAAUUCGUAUUUCAGAAUGCCAAUACAGGCACCGCAAUGGACCGAGUUUCUUUCUUGUCCGGUCUGCUGUCACCCGUUCGAUGAGAAAUCCCGCGGCCCCAUCAGUCUCGGCUGCGGCCACACGAUAUGCAGGGGCUGUCUGUCCAGUCUGCAUCGCAAACAAUGCCCCUUUGACCAGACCAACGUCUGCAUUGACAUCGACAAUCUGCCCAUCAACACAGCUCUACUGCAACUAGUGGGACCCAUCAUCAGAACUGAAGAGGAGGAAGUUGACUGCAAGGUAGUGCCAAGAGAACACCUGGAGAGCUAUUUGGACUGCAAAAAAUGCGUGGAAGACCUGGCACUGUACCUGAAACCUCACCCAAAUGGGAAUGUGUGUGGGGUCAAUCCAACCCUGUCCAGACCCAUGCAAAGGAAGCUAGUCACUCUUAUCAAUUGCCAGUUAGUUGAGGAUGAAGGGAGGACCAGGGCUAUGAGAGCUGCUAGGUCUUUGGGGGAACGUACUGUCACAGAACUUAUUUUGCAACAUCAGAAUCCUCAGCAGCUGUCUGCUAAUUUGUGGGCUGCUGUGAGAGCUAGAGGAUGUCAGUUCUUGGGGCCAGCUAUGCAAGAGGAAGUGUUGAAACUGGUAUUGUUGGCAUUGGAGGAUGGAUCAGCACUAUCAAGGAAAGUGUUGGUGAUGUUUGUUGUUCAAAGAUUGGAGCCACAUUUUCCACAAGCCUCUAAAACAAGUAUUGGGCAUGUUGUUCAGCUGUUGUAUAGGGCUUCCUGUUUCAAGGUAUCAAAACGAGAAGGCGACUCCUCGCUGAUGCAACUCAAAGAAGAAUUCCGCACGUACGACGCUUUACGUCGCGAACACGACGCCCAAAUCGUCCAAAUAGCCACCGAGGCUGGGCUUCGGAUAGCCCCCGAUCAAUGGUCGGCCCUUUUAUACGGAGACACGGCACACAAGUCGCACAUGCAAAGCAUCAUCGACAAGCUGCAGACGCCGCAAUCUUUCGCCCAAUCCGUGCAGGAGUUGGUGAUAGCUCUGCAGAGGACCGGGGAUCCUGGGAAGCUUUCCGUUCUCAGAAGUCAUCUGGAGCUGUUGGCCGCCAUCGAUCCGAGUCCAGAAUCGCCGCCCCCAUCAUGGCUGGAAUGCUCGGAAUGUCUGGAGGCGGUCCGCAGCGUGGUGGCGGGCCUCGUCGAAUUCGUCCAUCAGCACGGCAGCAGGAAGGUCCAGGAUGCUCAGCACGCUCAGCACGCCAAAUACAAGAUCAGCAUGUGCAGAGACCUGACGUUGAGAGGGAGUUGUCCGAGAGGCACGAAUUGCACGUUCGCCCAUUCCAGCGAGGAGUUGGAGAAGUACAGGGCGAAGAACCGAAAAACGAUCACUAGGACCAAAGACCCCCAACAACAACAACAAGCUCCUCAACACGCGGCAGACUCCCAAUCCCCCAUCGACACCCCCACACAGCCCCCCUACGCCUCCCCCUCCUCCUCCUCCACCGAGGACUACUACCAUCCGCCUGCGUCGCCGGGCGCCCAACCACCGCCCGCCUUUUUCGCCCACCCGCCCAUGGUGUCGCGACUGCCCUUGGAGGCGGGGCAGUAUAGAGCGGCGUUCGCCGCGCCGGGGCAGGCUUUCGGAGGGCAGACGGUGUAUCGGGGAGGGCAGCCCGCGGCGGGGUUUCCGGUGCACGAGGUUUACACGCAGGGUGGGAACGUAGUAUUAACCACCAACGGUAGGGGUUAUUAUCAGCCGGCCCCUGGUGGGUACGAUGGGGACGUGCAUCACCAGCAACAGGUGGAGGUGGUCAAGAGGCCUUCCAAUUGGGACGUCAUGAUCGCCAACAAAAACCAACCCUACCAACACCAGCAACAGCAACAAAAACCACCCCGCCAACCCUCUUCUGCCACGAAGAGCCUGGCCGAAUUGCACCAACGCAAACAGGAAGUGGUGGCGCAACUAGAGAAGGUUGUAGGCGUCGCGGCGGCCGCCGAAAUACGCGACGCCGCUUGCCAUUUGGCGAGACAGGAGUCGCGACACGACCUCGACAGUCCGACGUCGCCGUACAACUUUUGGACGGGCCAGGGUGGGGGGCAGCAAGUGGCGUCAGGGCCGACUUUCGUCAGGUCCGAUUCCAUUUUGGCCGCAGAUGACGAUUAUGUACCGUACGACAGUCCAGCUAUCAGUAAAUACGGACCAAUCUCGAGGAUGGCAAAAGAUAAUGGGUUGAAUCAGCCUAACGCGUUCAGAGAUGCCCAGAUGAUGAGGAGACCAGUAUCAUCUGCAAGUCCUGUAGCUUCAUGGUUUUUUAACAACAACGGUCACUAUCAUCAACCUCCCAUACCUGCAGGUCAUCCCGUUAUGGGACCCCACGGCACUGAAGGAUUUUUACCAUACGGUUCGCAGCAGCUGCUCUUCCACCCAGCUGCCAGGUUGGCUGAUCCCUCCAAGGAGCUGUUCGCCGAAUCGCAGCGCGUCAAGCUACAGCUGCGCAACUUGGAGAAGCAGCUGAACGAUCUCAAGAUGGCGGCGCAGGGCGUGGCCAACUUGAGCGACGGCGAACGGUUGACGCAAGAGCUGCAGCUGAUCGAGCAGGGUAUACAGGAGAAACAGAAAGAAGCGUGUCUGAACAAAAUCGUCCAUUCUCUCACCCACUACAACAACGGAAAUGCCCCCAUCGCCCCCACCGAAGACGCCAUGUACGAGGCGGACAUCGUCAACGAUAUGCGCGAACUGGAGCUCAGACUCCAAGAAGAAUUAGAAGAGUGGAGCGGGGAAGAUUCCCCCAAAUAA